AUGCCACGUAAGCUACGUAAGAAUAUACGUAAGAGGAAGGGAGCAUUGAAACAUCCAAUAGUAAAACUGACACCACAACAACAGUUGCAACAACAAAUGAUGAAUGACCCCACUAUGUUGCAACAAAUGUCAAGCAACCCUAUGCUUUUAAACCGAGUUAUUGGUGCACAGAGUGGAGGUUUAAGAGCGGCACUUUUAGCGAAAAUGGCAGGCUAUGGUGGAGCUGCAGACGGAACAGCUUAUAACCCUCAAAGUCAAAUGAAUUUGAGUUCACUCAAAAAUCAAAUAACAGAUGUCAAAAAGUCAAACAUAGACAUACAGAAACAAAUAAGUGAAAACGAAAAGAAACUAGAAUAUGACAGACACACAAAGAAACUCAAUGAGUUAAACGUAGAGAAAAAGAAGAAAGAAGAACAACUGAAAGAACUAAGUACAGAGGAAUAUGCGAAAAAAGUGUCAGAAAAAGCAGCAGAAGUAGCAAAAAUGGAACAAGAUGUUAUAAAUUUGAAAAACCAUACUACUCAAUAUAAAGUACUGAAAGAUGAAGAAAUAAAACAAAAAGCCCUGAAGACAUAUAUGGAUAGCGAUGAGUAUAAAAAAGAAGUUGAAGCAAAUGUAAAGGCAGAAAAACUUUUACAGUUGCAAAACCAAACCGUACAGUAUGAAAACUUAGCACAAGAAAGUAAAAAUAACGACGCAGCCAUGCAAAAGGCAAUGAAAAGCGCAGAAUAUAUAAAAGCUAAUAAUGACUGGUUAGAUGCCCAAGCCAACGCCAAAGCAGCCCAACUUAUAGGGUCAAUAAGGACAAAAAUACAAGCGGAUGAAGACAGUUCAAAUGAAGCUUUAAUGAAUGCUGACUUUAAGAACGCCUUCGAAGCUCUUCAUAGUAAGGUGAAACUAGUGAACGACUUCUCAUCUGGAAAGAAACUGAAGUCUGAAGGUUUCGACAAAGAGUUAAGAGAAGUAGCACAAAAUAUGACGAAAAUAACAGAUGCAGCAACGAGACAGGCAGUUCAAAGUGCCUAUGACGCCGUUAGAGCAACUGUUGUGGAAAGUCAAGAAAAAGAGUUACAACAGACCAAAACAGACCUAGUAAAUGCUUUCUUAAAAACGAAAAGUCAGGUAGGACAUUAUGCUGCAGAUGGAACAUAUGUGCCAGCUGGUGGAACUUAUAUACCACCAAACCCUCCAAGAGAAGCACCUGCACCAGGACUACCUAAAACAUUUACAUC